CAGUCUUAAGUCGCUGGGGUAUAUUUGUAGCAGGGGGCAUUUUUUUCAUCUACAGGAAGCGUCAAAAGUGAAACUGAGCGGCACGAGAAAACAGGAAGAGAAGACUCCAACUUUACGAUCAUCUUUUGAAACAAGAUGGCUACAACCGAAAUAGCGAUUCUUGAUGCACUUAAGGAGCUACUGGAAAAAGAGCUAAAAGAUUUCAAAUGGCACCUGUCAAAUGGUGGGACACAAUACAGCUCUAUUCCUCGUGGGACGCUGGAGAGCGCUGAUCGCCAUGAUACUGUGACUAUCAUGGUGCAGCAGUACAGAAGUUCAGACGCCGGGAAGAUCGCAGUCAGAGUGCUGCGCAAAAUUGAUCAAAAUGAGCUUGCUGAUCAACUGAAGAUAAAACUUCAGGAAGUUCCAGAGGACGUUUCUGCUGAAGGUGGAGCUUCAUCCGGUGCAACGGCUGCAAACGCUUCAACUGCAGGAGUUAAAGUUACCAUAAACUCCUCCAGUGGAGGAACCGUGAAGGCCCCUGUUAUUCACGGCGGUGUGUUUAACGGCCCAAUGAACUUCAGCUAAUGCUCAAGCACAUGUCUUAUCUUAAAACAAUGAUUUUAGUAUUUACAUCCUCAGGUUUGAAAUAUAAGCUGAUUGUGGCUUCUAAAUCAUUGUGUUUGUAGGCUCAUUUAAUACAGCCACAUACAUAUUUAUACAUGAAACCAAAUACAAAUGAUGUUUACAGUGUAUUUGAACUUAAAUAAAGCUCUAAAUCGGCAGCUUUCUAAUGAUACUGGAAUGUGAAUGACUAUGACCAGCAACAUUUUUAUUUCGGGAAAAUCAUUUAUGCACUUCCUUGUCAAAUUGGGCAGCACUUGAGAAGGGGAGUCGCCAAUGUUUGUAGCGCAUAGUCAUUAAAAACAGCUGUAAGCACA